AUGUCCGGAGACAUUCCUGCAUCCUCCUUUCAUGGAACACCAGCUCGCACUCUCUCCACCAAGGUAACCCUAGUGCGGGACCAUCAAGCCUGUAUACCGUUGGCGAGGACGCUAGUCGAGGGCGACCUUCUCGUGCUUCUCUCUCCCGUUAUCAUUCCAAUCCAGCGAGAAGGUGACGACUUCAGGGACCCUUUCGAACCUCUUGGUCGCGCACUUGCUUCCAAGCACCCAUGGGUCCGGCAUGUCCCAUAUACUGCCAAUAAUGGCAUUACUGAUUACCACACCGCAUUUAUUAGCAGAGCCAAGGUCAUCGUAUUUGUCAUCUCGGGCGCAGUGAUUGAGGGACAAGCCUCCCAGACCGAGCUCGCCGACAUAGCCCGGGUUAUUGCUGAACACCGGCCCCAGGUGAUCAUUGCAUGUCAGGAUGUACACAGCUUGGGCUUGAUGGAAGGGGAUUUCCCCACGAUACUUCAGAUACCCAGUUACGCUCCUCAAUAUUUAGAGGAGACGGCGGCCGUAUUAUUUGGCGAGACUUUAUCGAACGAUACUGAUACUAUGAACGUGGAUAAGCCUAUUUUGGAAUCAAGGGCCUGGACAGUCGAAGCACUCCCGGAUAGCUUGGACGCUUUUGACUUCACACCAAUCUUGGACCUCUGGAAUGAGUGCAUUCCGAAGCAGUUCCAGUUGGAUCGGUAUAGCCUCCAAUCGCUACUAAACCGAGCUGGAUUCGGCAAGCAUUACGUUAUCAGAUCCCCUGGCACGGGGGAUAUAAUAGGCUUCUGUGCAACAUUUACAACCUGGGCUUUUAGUGAUCCCGAAUAUCUCAUUGGGUCGCUUGCUGCCAUAUUAGUAAAGCCAGAUUACAGGAGAAGGGGCAUCGGUUCGAGUUUACAUACCCAUGCUACGGAUCUUCUCUCAAGAACGCGGGGUGUUCGACGUUUACAGCUCGGGAGCACUUUUCCUCGUCUCCUAUACGGCAUCCCUCUUGAUCUAGCUUCCCACGAGUGGUUCCGAAGGCGCGGGUGGCCCAUGGACGUACAGUCUCCAGGCAGGGGACGAGAGGUGUGCGACUGGCUCCUGAGGAUCCAAGACUGGCCUAGUGGAGGCUCUACCUCGGUGCCAGAAGGGUUCUCCUUCCGGCAAUGUAACCCUGAUGACUUUCCGGCCCUCCUACAAUUUGUGGGAAACGAGGCCCCGCGGAAUGAGAGUAUGGGGCUAUUCGAAGAAUACAAAUGGAGCAGGGACUAUGCACAAGAUAUUGUCUUGUGUCUACAUGGAGCAGUCAUAGUCGCGGCAGCCCUGGUCUAUACGCCUCACUCGGGAACGAUCGCUGAGGCGGACCUGCCAUGGGCACGGAAAAUAGGACACGAUGUUGGUGGCAUUACUUGUAUUUGUAUUGCAGAGGGGAAUGCGACUCUACAGAACCAUCGAAACUCGGUCAUGAUUAGACUACUUGGAUGUUGUGUAGAGAUACUUCAGGAGCUCGGGAUGCAGCAGGUCUUCCUGGAUGGUAUGAAAGGAGGCGACGAGGGUUUUCAAAAUUUAGGCUUUCACAAAUGGGCACGAUAUAGAGAGGUUUGGAGGAAGGCAUAG